CUGCUUCAGAGGCUUUCCCUGUUUAAAAGCUAGAGUGGAGGAUGACGUUGAAAGGUUGUGGUAUACGAUGUAAGGAAAUCUUCAAAUAAAAUUACGAAUUAUUCAUACGUCUGGGGUUUGUGGCUUUUCACCUGCUGAUAGAUCGCUACAGAAACUCCUGAGGCUGUUGCAGUAUGAGCCAUGGGGUACGACGUCAAUCGGUUUCAGGGCGAGGUGGAUGAAGAUUUGAUUUGCCCGAUUUGUAGUUGGGUUUUGGAAGAACCUGUACAAGCACCACACUGUGAGCAUGCUUUCUGUAAUGCCUGCAUCACCCAGUGGUUCUCCCAGCAGCAGACCUGCCCGGUGGAUCGCAGUGUUGUUACUCUAGCCCACCUUCGACCCGUUCCCCGCAUCAUGCGGAACAUGCUGUCCAAACUGCAGAUCACCUGCGACAAUGCCAGCUAUGGCUGCACAGCUGUGGUGCGGCUUGAUCAGUUGACCUCUCACCUCAAUGAUUGCGAGCACAAUCCGAAGCGACCCGUGACCUGUGAGCAGGGAUGUGGAUUAGAAAUGCCCAAAGAUGAACUACCAAACCACAACUGUACCAAACACCUUCGCACAGUGGUACUUCAACAACAGGGGAAGAUUGCAGAACUGGAGAAAGCUUCAGCAGAGCAUAAACAUCAGCUGGCAGAGCAGAAACGAGACAUUCAACUUUUGAAAGCGUACAUGAGGGCUAUCCGCAGUGCAAACCCAAAUCUACAGAACUUGGAGGAAACCAUUGAGUACAAUGAGAUCCUAGAGUGGGUCAAUUCAUUGCAACCUGCUAGAGUAACCCGCUGGGGUGGCAUGAUCUCCACCCCUGAUGCAGUUCUGCAAGCAGUCAUUAAGCGGUCUCUCAUAGACAGCGGGUGCCCAAUGUCCAUAGUCAAUGAUCUCAUCGAAAACGCACAUGAGAGGAACUGGCCUCAGGGCCUGGCCACUUUAGAGACUCGUCAAAUGAACCGCAGGUACUACGAGAACUAUGUAGCUAAACGAAUACCAGGGAAGCAGGCAGUGGUGGUGAUGGCGUGUGAAAACCAACAUAUGGGAGAGGACAUGAUCAUGGAGCCUGGUUUGGUGAUGAUCUUUGCUCAUGGUGUGGAGGAGAUCUUUUAAAACAAACACAAUGUGUUCCUUUUUGUUUGAAUGAAGUUCAUAAUGAAAAGAAAGCAAGACUUGGCCUUGCCCUAACUAGAAUAUCUUCAGUGGAAAAAGAAUUCUACAGAAUCUUCACAUCUAUUUGCAUUAUGGACCAUUUGACCAACGGCUUUUAUGCAGCUCAAGAACUGGCGUAAAGGAUGAGCUUGCAGCUCACAGAACAUUUGUCACAACCAUUGUUUUUUAUUUAUUCUUUCAAGAUUAAAAGACUAAAGGCAAGAAGGACAAUUCUGAUGCCCAUUCCAGUUCUUGCUGCCACGUGAGAAAACUAACAUUGGUGGCGCUAUUUUACCUUACCGAUAGUGGUUUGAGUUGUGCUCUGAUACCUGAUUUACAUGUUUGUUUCUUUGCCUUGUUGCAAACAGAAUAGUAAUGGACAAUAUUUCUAUUGUAGAAGCUGCUGCUACACUGUGGUCGAGUGUAGAAUACAAAAGUGUUUCUGUGAUCAUUUUGGAGGGAAAGUCUUUUCAGGUUGCUCUGUUUGAGCAGAGCUCACAGACAAACUUAAAACAAAUAGAUUUUAGUCCUGUAUGUACAAUAUGGCUUAAUAUCCACGAAAGCAAUCAAAAUAACUCUGAUUUGCUGCAAACAAAAUCUGUCUAUGUUCAGGCAUGAUCAAAAAAGUUUUUUUUAACAAAACCCAAGUGAGAUGUGGGGUAAUGUGUGGAACAUGAAUAAUCACUUGAAGUGUGGUUUACUAAGUGACCAGUCAGGCUGAGAUGAAUUUAAUUUGCAACUGCUACAGGGCAUUGCAAUUGCAUUCACCUUUUUUUUUGUUUUACUUUGAACCUGUGCUAAUAUUAAUCACUUUAACCUAAAUCCUACCUUCUUUUGGAUUUGCCUUGAAUUGAAUUAUUAAACUUGAUGUCAAAUGAUCUCUGAACAGAGUUUUGUGCAAGAAUGGCCAAAAUUGGAGUGAGAUGCCUCCAGUGGGGAAACAACAAAAAGAUUGGCCUUUUUUGAUCCUGUAACUAAACCUGCUUUUAAAAUCUUGUAAGUAUUUUAUUGUGUGAUGUAACCAGGAUGCCAUCUUGAUUUUGAAACAGUCUGUCUGUCUGUGUACGUAUGAGAGAAUCUUUUCAUGUAAACUUCAAAAGUAACCUGGCUACUUUCUCCUGUGGAUGGAUGUUGAAUGCAUGUUUGCAGGCCACAAAACUAUAAUGAAGGCUGAACUAGUAAAGGAUUGCAAAAAAAAAAGAAAAUAUGAAUGAAAGGGAUCCUAAAAAGCCCAAGUAUAACAUGUAUAUUUUAAAAAAACACUUAAUUCACCUGGCUUUGUUUCAGUGGAACUGACUGAACUAGGUAUCAGUACUUUGGUAUCUGUACCUAAUAUUGGACAUUUUAACCAACUGCAAAUUAUUACAUUUGACCGAAAGUAGCCAAGAAUGAUCAGACCGAUUUGUCACUGGCAACAGGUUUAGAAUGUGGUGCUUCAAGUCCUAACUUGAUGAAGAGAGGGAAAAUGCCGUUAACCUAUAAAUUCUAACUAAAACUCAUGUCUGUAUGUAUUAUUUUGAUUACAGUCUUGCUGUUUGACUGGGAAUUUUUAAAUUUUGUCCACAAAUAGGUGAAUUCUCUCCUUCCGCAUUCAAAAUUUUAAGUUUACAAAAACCCCUUGCAAGUGUGCAACACGGUUUAACUUUUGUUUGGGCGAGAAACUGGGUCGAUGGUGUUGAUUCAGUCCUGGGCAGUUUUUUUUUUAAAAAAGCUGAGUUCGGAUCCAGCAAGUCUUUAUCACAGUCCCUUGUGCAGUUCCCUACUCCUUUCAAAUUGUAGGGAAAUCUAGUCCAUAGGUCUUGAAUGUGUGUCAUUUUUUGAGUUCAAAUCUAGGGGAUAUUGCUUAAGGUUUGUUUCAGAAGGAUAACAAUUACACUAUUUAUUUUGAAUUAAGAGGACCUUCAGUGUUUGGACAACAUGAAGGAAUACUCUUUCUAUUCAACUUGGGAGUGGACUCAGGAAUGUCAUCACACCCAUCCAAGGAAGUGUCACUUUUAUUUUUCCAUGGAAUCCACUUCAGUGUCUAAACCUUGGGCCUCCUGGAUUCUGAGAGUUUUCCAACAAGCUAAAAGCUAUUUUAAUGUCUGAUUUCUGGUUAAUAAUCAGUCCAAAUAUUUUGUCCAGCAUCAUAAAUGUUUUUUUGGAGGGCUUAAGAUACAAAUUUGUGCACCAAAGUUUGCAGUAAGUGACAUGACUGUGACACUCCCUCUGCACACCCAGGGAAUCCAUCAUGACCUUUUUUUUUCCCCCAGGCGACUGGUAAUUUAACAUGCAAAGGUGCAGUAAGGGCCUUCCCCUCAAGUUUAUUUUAAGUUUUAAACCAAUUGAUUUGCAACAUGUGUCACACAGUCCCUUUUUGGAUGUUUCCAUUUGGAUCUUGAGGUGGCUUGACAUUGCUAAGAAAAAUGAAACUUCCAGCUUGCUGGUUGGCUGUGGGCAGAAAGGUAGUUAGUAUCUGGUCUGGUCCUGUUUUUUUUUAAGUCAUCUGUAUAUCUUUCCUGAAAUUGUGUGACAAAAGUGACUUUGAGUGCCCUUGAUUAAAAUCUAUCCAAAUGCAGUCAGAAAGGAUUUUUCUUUAAAUCGCCUAGUUAUGUGCAGAAAGCUAUUGUAGUGAUGACGGUGUUCCCAAGCCUGCUUUCAUUUAGUGCCAAGGAUUCUGUAUAAUCGUAAAGGAGCUAUUUCCAUUUCCAGUUUUACACCCUUGACUUUGAGACUAAACAAAGAUACCUAAGAAUAUCCUCGUUGGGAAAUAAUGUGUUUUUUUUCUUUAAAAAAAAUUCUCUCUGUCUCUCUGCAUAUCUCAAAAAGGAGCUAGUGGCCAUUUGGUCCCAAAUUGACAUUCUACAUUUAUCGAGGGACAUUUUUGAUUGAGGGCAUUCCAGACAGGCUUAUCUUUUUGAUUUUUAAAAAAUAUAUUUUUCAGUUAUGGUCACUGCUUUUUAAGCAGUCAGGUGCAGUACCCUGAUGUGUUUUGUCCCUCCAUAACCAGAGGAUGCUGAGGUCAACUAUAAUCUGUCCGGUUGCUGCCCAGUCUGAGAUUGCCUACCUCUGCUCAGAGCAGAAAUUUAAAUUCUUGGUUACACUGGGGGAGAAGAGGGGUGGGUAUCUUUUACCUAGCUUCUUGGAGCUUUAAAGUAACUUCCAAUGUGAUGGAUGGAAAAGCAGAAUUUGGCCACUGUGUUAAUCCUCUCUGGAAUAUCGUCCUGCAGCAGCUGAUUGGAAUUGUUGUCUAUUGGAUAAUAUGCAUAGAAAAUCAAAUAGUAUUUUAGAAACUGUUAUCUUGCAGUAAAACAAGCAAACUUGUAUGAAGUGUUUUUUUUAAUGUUGCUCCAGAAAACAAUUCAGUACUUUUUUUUUUAAUUUUAUAAAGCUAUGUAUUGUCUCAGUGUGUGUCUUUUUAAGGUGGACCUUCUGAGUACACAAGUUUUAUUUUGUGAUUGGCGAAUGUUUGCAGUCCAGAAUUGUCUCCUGUAGCUGACUAGUUGUGAUGUAUUUGAAAAGCUGUGGCACUUGGUAUUAAUGAUGAACAAAACACUUUUCAUAAAUUAUCUGUGAAAUAAAACUCAUACUAUGUA